AAAAUAAAAUCAUAGCAUAUUAAGAGUGUUAUCUUAUUAAUUAAUGUAGUCUAAUUACUGUUAAUUUAAUUCGUUGUCUUUGAUUUUCAUGAAUAGCAAGUCGUGCAAUUGAGUUGAAGAAUCAUUCUUUACUACUUGGAAAAGUGAUAAGGGUCAUGUGGUCUCGUCGCGAUCCUGAUGUGAGAAAAAGUGGCAGAGGGAAUGUUUUUGUUAAGAACUUAGCUGAAUCCAUAGAUAAUGCGGGAUUACAUGAUUUAUUUCAAAAGUUUGGAGAUAUCUUGUCCAACUUUGGGAAUUGCUUUGGUGCUUCAAAUUGGUUUAGAGGGAGUGAUGAUAGUGAUACUGCUGAGAAGCCAUGGGAACGAGGUAAUAGAAUUGAGGUUGUGACUAAUUGAAUGAUGUUGUGUUUGAUUUAUUGAAUGAUGAUGAUGCUGAAAAUUCUGUUUGUUAGAGUGCAGAAUUUGUUGAAAGGCUAAAAGCCAAGUUUCAUGAUUGAAUUAAUUGAUGAUACAUGCUAAUGAUUAUUUGAGAUGAUGCUGGUCUAUUUGUUAUAUAUGAUGCAGUAAAUUGACGA